UCUUCUUCCUUUUUCACAAACAUGUCCACUUAAAAAGAAGAUAAAAGAUAAACUCAAAAUCUUUGCCCCUCACUUUUUCUUCACUUACACUUAGCUUUUUAACAAUCUCUCCCUAACUCUUUUUCCACCUAAAUCUAUCAUCAAGAAUCAAACUUGAAGUUUGUUCAUCUUUCUUUUUCCACAUCUUGUGUAUGUGUGCAACUUUUUACUUUUAUAUUUCAUCAAUUUGGGGUUUUUGAGGUAUUAAAGCCAAAAACAUCAUAAAAAAGAACAAAUCUUGAAUUUGUCAUAUCCAAGAUGCCCUUAGAAGGGGUUUUUGUUCAACCAAACUCAUCUUCAUCAAAACAAAUCCCUGAUCUUUCUCUCCAUAUUAGCCCUCCAAAUAAUACUAAUUCCUCAAACAAAUCAUCAUCAUCAACACAUAAUAGUCUGACUGAGCUUUCUUUAGCUCAUCCAACUACUAAUAAUGAAGAAAAUAGGAGUUUUUCAAGAAACCCUUUUCUCCAACAAAGCCAAAACAUGAAUAGUUGUUAUAUGAUUAAUCAUCAACCACAUGGGGUUUCUUUAUUAGACCCCAUAAAGGGUAUUCCUAUUUAUCAUCAUCAUCAUCAAGAUUCAUUUUCUAAUUUCUUGGAGAAAGAUCCAAAGAGAUUAUCAUCAUUUGGAUCCCUUUAUUCAACACCUUAUAUUAAUAAUUUGGAUCAUUUAUCAUUUUUGAAUAAUUCAUGUGGUACAAAUGUUUCUUCUUCUCGGAUACCUAUUGUGGCUAAUAGAUUUCACAAUCAACAUAACCAAUAUUAUAAUGGAGUUGGAUUAGGUUCACCUUCUUCUCAUCAUGAAAAUAGUUUGAUGAUGAGAUCAAGAUUUUUACCUAAAUUUCCAACUAAAAGAAGCAUGAGGGCACCGCGAAUGCGAUGGACAACUUCACUUCAUGCUAGAUUUGUUCAUGCUGUUGAGCUUCUUGGUGGACAUGAAAGGGCUACUCCAAAAUCAGUCUUGGAGCUAAUGGAUGUCAAAGAUCUCACUCUAGCUCAUGUCAAAAGUCAUUUGCAGAUGUAUCGCACUGUUAAAACCACUGACAAACCUGCAGCUUCCUCAGGGCAAUCAGAUGGAUCAGGUGAAGAAGAUCUGUUAGCUAUAGACAGGAUUUUGGAUCAAAGAGGUCCAUCAGAUGGAUGUGAUGAACCUUCUACAACUCUUUGGAGCAACUCCUCUAGUAGUAGAGAAAGAUUAUCACAAGCUAGCUUCAACGAAUCAAAUGGACUCAUCAGAUCAUCAUCUUUUCCAUCUCAACAAAGAUUUGGCCACCAUAUAGAGGAAUGUGAAUAUUCAAGAGCAAUGAGCUAUGUAGGUUGCAGUUUGGAUCAGAAAAACCCUAGCUUGGAGUUCACAUUAGGAAGAUCAGAUUGGGUAGAAAAGAACCAUGACUAAAAUUUGGGCAUCAACACCUUCAAUAUAUUAAAUUUUAUUUGGGUUUUUGGCUUAAAGCUGAUUCUUCUAAUUUUGUUAUUUUUUUGUAAUUUGAGAUGAAAGGUAUGUGAUAUCAAGAUUGAAAUAUUAAGAGCUGCUACUACUACUACUAAAAAAAAAAAAGAAUUGGUUUUCUUUAGCUAGCAUGGCUAAGUAAGUUCCCAUGUAGCUUCAACUAAGUUAUGACCUACCUACCUAUAUAUAUAUAUAUACACACAACCUAAAUUUUUUUUCUAGAGUUUUGUUAAUUAGACUUUUUUUCCUUGUUUAAUUUGAGUUCUUGGGUUGUUUAUGAGUAUGUAAUAAUAUAAAAGUUGUUGGAGUUUUUGGGUUGUCUGUGAGGCAUAGAGUUUAUCUUGUAUUAAUGACUACUCUAGUGGAAUGGUUUUAUAUGGUGCAAUAGUAGAAUGCUUUUUUUA